AUGCCGCCGGCCGAACCUCAGAAUGCCUCCACGGGCGCGCCCCGAUCGACCGAUGCGCCGCGGCGAUGCUUCAUCUGCCUGACCGACCAAGACCCUGAAGACCCCCCGGGUUCGUGGGUCGACCCCUGCGGAUGCACCCUCGAGGCCCAUCAGGACUGCAUGCUCUCGUGGGUCACCGACUGCGAGCGAUCCAACAAACCCCUCCAGUGCCCCGUAUGUAAAGACCGCAUUCAGCUUGAAGGGCCCUGGGACCCCGUCGUUGCCUUGACCGAUGUCGUCGCAUCCAAGUUCACCCGCGCGAGUCCCUUUAUGCUGCUCGGGUCUGUUACUCUGGGCGUGCAGUUUAGUCUGCAGAUGUACGGUGCCUUGGCCUUGUAUUGCUUCUCCGGCCGCGAGGCCCUGACCGAGUUUAUCCUGGGCCCUGAGGUCUGGACUCACGGAGAGGCCUCGAGGGUCUUUUUGAACAGAGGCAAGAGGUUGCGCAAUGCGCUGGUGCUGACCAACGUUGGUCCCGCUCUGUUACUUGGGCAGCUGAUGCCAUGGAUUGGCAAUAAGGUCUUCUUAUCUACAGCGUCUGCGUACGGUGUAUACCAGGCAAUGCACGAGGAUGACUUCUUUACCUGGCCACCCUCGCCCCAGCUGGUCAUGGCCGUAUUCCCCUACAUCCGGUCGGCAUACCUCAACGCCUGGCGCGAGUUUGCCUUUCCCUACGAAGUGAGCCUGAACCGACAAAUCAUGGGUCUCCCCCCUCUCGAGCCUAGGCAGAACGAGCCCCCCGCCAACGACGGUCAGCCCGAGCGGCGGAACGGCGAGGGCGGCGUCGUGGGUUUCCUCAAUGGACUUAUUGAGGCUUUGGAGGCGGACGAUGGCGAAGACGAACAAGACAAUGAUGCUGGAGCUGGAGGACAGGUGAGAAUUGGUGGUGAUGGUGAGGAUGGAAUGGUUCUCGAGCUCGUCAUCGAGGAGAUUCAGGAUGCACCCGAAGAGGAUGAGGAAGAGGACGAUUGGGUCGAGAGGGCGCAUGAGGGCGCCCAAAGACAUGGAAACGCACGACUUGAUGAGGAUGAACCUGUACCACGUCCGGCGCAGGAAGCACAACGAGUCCCAAUCCCAGCUCCAGCCCCGGCUCCUGUGGUUGCUGCACCCGCACCCGCACCCGCGGCUGACAAUCAACCCGCGGAAAGAAUUGAGCAUGAAGCUCCCCAAGCACCACCGGCCCGUCGGCCUGGUCUGGGAACAAUUCUUUCAGGAGUAUCCAAUGCGAUAGUCAGCGCCUUGAUCCUCCCAGGUCUCUCCUACGCCAUGGGCGAACUGCUUCGCCUGGCACUACCCAAAUCAUGGACCAUAACAUCCCCGCAAGGAAGCACAGGGCGACCUGGUCUGCUGCAGCAACAAUGGGGACGAAGCCUGGUAGGAGGGUGUCUGUACGUGGUGAUGAAGGAUGUUCUUAGGCUGUACACCAAGUACCGCAAGGUGGCCGCCAUAGGAAAGCGACGGGUGAAGAACGUUGACCGGGAGAGGAGGCGGAAUGCGAGAUGA